UCGGGGCGAACGGUUGUGUUUUUUGCUGCCGACGCGAGAAGCUGGCGAAAAUCGUGUUAACUCGAGUGUUGCCCAAACUGUUGCUGCUGAUCAAGUCAAGCAAAGGCAAAUGUGUUAUGAAACGCUGUCAGAAUGCGGUUAAUACAACGCUAACAAAACGCUCAAAAUCAAAAUUAACGCUGAAAUUCACCUGAAAAAAGUGUGCAAAUCUCUGGCAUAAUUAAUAAUUACUUCAACAGCUGCGAUUGUCAUUUAAAUGCAUCAUGUGAAAUGUGUUUCAAUAAAAAAUAUAUAAUUCAAGAAAACUGGUAAAGAAAAAGUGUUUAACUGACCUGCGAAAUGUCCAUAAGACAUACUCAAAGAUUCGGGCCGGCCAACGCCUGGGCGUAUGCAGUGAAUAUUUUCAUGCUGCUCACAUUCAUGUGCCAGAAAUGCAACCUGCAAAGAGUCGAUGUGCCAGCCGAAGUAAUUGUUGAUCCCAAAUUUAGCUAUCCAAUCGCAAAUGUGACAGCGCCAGUGGGACGUGAUGCUUUCCUCACAUGUGUCGUACAGGAUCUGGGCCCAUAUAAGGUUGCGUGGCUGCGAGUCGAUACACAAACAAUUUUGACCAUACAGAAUCAUGUUAUAACCAAAAAUCAACGGAUCGGCAUUGCCAACUCGGAGCACAAGACCUGGACAAUGCGCAUCAGGGACAUCAAGGAGUCGGAUAGGGGCUGGUACAUGUGCCAAAUAAAUACGGAUCCAAUGAAAAGUCAAAUGGGCUACCUGGACGUUGUGGUACCGCCGGAUAUCCUAGAUUAUCCUACAAGCACGGACAUGGUCGUACGGGAGGGCAGUAACGUGACGCUCAAAUGCGCUGCUACCGGUUCACCAGAGCCGACAAUUACAUGGCGACGUGAAAGUGGAGUGCCCAUCGAGUUGGCCAACGGCGAGGAGGUACCCAGCAUUGAGGGCACGGAUCUGAUAAUACCCCAGGUAAAACGUCAGCACAUGGGCGCCUACCUAUGCAUAGCUUCAAAUGGAGUCCCUCCCUCAGUGAGCAAGCGGAUAACACUUGUGGUGCAUUUUCCACCCAUGAUCACGGUGCAGAAUCAACUAAUUGGCGCCGUGGAAGGCAAAGGCGUUACUCUGGAAUGCCAAUCGGAAGCAUAUCCCAAAUCCAUCAACUAUUGGACACGUGAACGUGGCGAAAUCGUGCCACCAGGCGGCCAAUACACGGCAAAUGUUACAGAAAUCGCCGGCUAUCGCAGCUCGAUGAAGCUGCACAUCAAUCCGCUGUCGCAGGCGGAAUUCGGCGCAUAUCGCUGUGUGGCCAAGAACUCACUGGGCGAUACAGAUGGCACCAUCAAGCUAUAUAGAAUACCACCAAAUGCCGUCAACUAUGUGGAGAACUUUGAGGCGCGACACAAAGCAGGUAAAAAGCGCACGAAAAGCUCGGAAAUGUAUCAUUCGUCGAGGGCGCAGGAGCACAGCGGCGAGGACACCGAGAAUCCCCGUAAGCGAAAAGCUGAUUUGAGUCUUAGUGCGGAGAGCAUUGACAGCAUAUAUGGAUCAUCGGCAGCUGCGCUGCGGCUAACCAGAAAAUCUGGACGACUCUCCCUCAGCUGUCUGCUGCCCACCCUGCUGCUGCUGCUUUGGAUGAUGAGGACGACAUUGACAAGGCAACUGGGAAAAACUCAACUGGCAUUGUUGCCACAAACACUGACACAUGUUUGACACAGACGCGAAGCGCCAACAGAGAUUAGACAGCAGCAGCAGCAGCAGCAGCAGAAGAUGGAGCUGGUGCUGGAGCUGAAGCCGGAACUGGAGCUGGAGCUGGAAUUGGAGGCGAUGGCAAUGCGAUGAUGGUGUUUGGGCUUGAUUGAGUUUGUCAAUGCCAAAAGCUGGUGCUGAUUUAUGGCACGUGGCUUAGUUAAAGUUGAACGAUAAAAAAAAAAAACAUAUAUCAUAAAUAAGUACGUCUAUUGUGUAGCUACUAAAUAUUAAGUCAACCAGGCUUCCUACUCCCUACGCGUGCAUGUUCAAGCUGUUGAAUCUUAGCAUAAGUUAAGCUUAAACUGAGAAUUAUGUAAUAUAUACAUAUAUUUAUAAAUCAGAAGCAAAUAUAUAUAUAUAUAUAUAGUAAUGCAAAGGCAAAUUGUAUGGCACAUGUACAUAAACGUACAGCAAAGCGGUUUUUUUUAGAUUUUAGGUGUAAAUUUGUAUUAAGCCAUGUGGACAUAAUUGAAGAGACUGUAUGUGUGCAAAGUAACAUUUAAUUGCGGCAAAAUUGAAUGCUUAAUUAUUAUUGUAUUCGAUUGGAGCAACUAAUUUUAAGGCAAAGCAACAUUUAAUUACAACUGGAGCGGUCUGAGAGCUGAAUAUAAUGCAAUUCAAAUAUACCUUACGAAAAUAAUCAACAA